AUGCGGCGACGCCCUCAAUCCAAAUCUCCAUUGAAACAGCCUGACAUGUCCAAAAGAGCAAACUCUCGCGCAGCGGGAGAUCUUGAAAGCAGCUUUGACCCAGACACUGGGGUUCAACAGGCUUCAUCUGUGGAGCCUCUGCUAGACACAUCAUUCGGAGAAGAGGCAGAUAACACAAAUAAAACUAACCUGCUCUCGCCUCGUGCGCAAUCUGGGCAAAGAAAAUAUUGGGUGGGAGGCCUUACUUUGACUUUUGGUCUCAUCCUGAUCUUUCUAAAGUCGACUGGCGGAGCAAGCACAUUUUUGGGAGCUACAGAAGGCAAGGGAAAUAUGUUGUCUGCUAGUCGCCGACUGGCUGUCACAACAUGGAACAUUGCGGCCAUCAACAACAACCCAUUCGAAUACUGGAUCACCUACAAUGAAAAUCCAAAUUAUGAAAAGCUCAUGAUUGAUAUUGAACGCUUUUUAGAAAGUCCUGGGGAUCAGGACGUAAAGGUCCAGCAAGUCUUUACCCAAGAAAUGUUCAAUAAGCUUGACUCUAGAUUAGAGGCGGUCGGAUGGAAGAGUGUCCGAAGCUACUGGGAAGAAGACUUUCAAGAUCGAAAAAUCAUUUCGGGAUUCAUGAAAGACAAGAUGCUUGGAAGCAAACGAUUGGCUUCCAUGCCUGAUCGUAUCACAAACACAAUUAACCUCGAUGGGGGAAGUCAAGUCUACAGACCAACUGUUAUCAAUAUGUAUGCCGACGAUCUUUCCACAAUGAGCAAGUGGUGGUCGGCUUGGGAGCAAUUUAUGUUUGAUGACAAGCUUUCAAUCAAGGGGAAGGACGGGGUUGAAGAUACGAUUCCGUAUCAGAUGUUGCAACCCAUUAAGAAAGCCAAGUAUCCUGAAAUUACUGAACAGGAGGAGGCGGAUUCGCUGCCACUACAAACAAUGUGUGGUGCAAUCUUUGAUGCCAUCUUGGUACACAUGAUGAAUACUGUUUCAAAUCCCUCAGAAUGGCAGCAGCUAAAAAAAGUCAUGGUUGAGAACUUGAACAAGAAGAAAGUGCCGCAUACGAUGGAAAUCUUGGAAACUACUUACAUUGAUUCAGAUAUCAUUACGUUGCAAGAAGUAUCAUCAUCAUUCAUUGAUCAAGCACGUGCAAGCAAGUUGGGACAACAUUUUCUCAUUGUGGCUCCAAUCAACCUUGACGCUGUUCGGGAUCAGAACUCUGUCAUUUGUCUGAACAAGAAAACAUUUCCAGAUGGCAUGGGGGUUGAAAUCUCUUCUCUCGUCUCGGAUGCUUUCCCUGUUGGCGUUGACGUUCCAGUUGCCAAGGGUGAUAUCCUUGCCAUCACGGCUACCAACAAGAAGGGAAUGAAGUUCGUCAUCGCAUCUUUCCACGGCGAUACUAAUGGUCUCGCGACGAAACCCGUACUUGAUGCAGUCAUGAAUGUUCUAAAAUCGGACAGCACAUUGGAAGGGCACGAGCUAAUUUUUGGAAUGGAUGCCAACACAUAUGAGCACGCUAAGCCAGGAAAACAGCAAGAUGUCUUGGACUUCGGGCGAAAUUAUGUUUCUCACGGACUUACUUCGUGUUGGGGAGAUGUUCCUAAUCCAUCAAAUUACACUACUUUCAACGCUCGCACGUAUCUACAGCCUCAAUUGAACAAAGCAUGCAAGAUUGACGAGAAACGAAAGAAUGGCGAUGUGAAUCCAAAAGACUUCAUUCUUUUCCCAAAUAACGCUUUCUCGGUCGUAAAAACGUGGAAAGACAACACAGGAAGAAAGGAAUACAUCGAAGAGACUGCAUUCCCUACCCUUGAAUUCCCAAGCGAUCAUGGUAUUUUGGCGACAAUUAUUGAAGCAACAUCAACAGAAUAA